AUGCAUCUCUUCUACCCACCCACUCUCAAGGGUGACAACAACCCUCACACGCAAGGCGAGGCCGAUCCUUAUCUCAACUACCCCUAUGGGUGUUGCGGUCAAGAGGUCCCCGGUCCAUGCAAGGGCCACCUCGACCUCCUGGAUACCGACGAAGGGACACCAGUCGUUACUUGGGCUCCUGGACAGAAAGUCAACUUCACUCUCUCCGGCCAGCAGAUUCAGACUUCCCAAGAGAACCCCGUCGGUGGAACCCAUUACGGCGGAAGCUGCCAAGUCGGAUUUUCGACUGAUGGAGGCAAGACCUUCAAGGUCGCUACGACAUGGCAGGGCGACUGCCCUCUGCGAGAUGGCACUACGGACCCUAGCACUCAGACUUUUGACUUCACCGUUCCCGGCGACGUCCCAAGCACUGAGCGUGCCCUCUUCGCCUGGACGUGGGUCAAUAGGGAGAAGGAAUUCAAUAUGAAUUGUGCCGUCCGCCACAUGCAGAACGCUGAGAAGCUCAAUGCACCACUCCGACGUGCCGAGGCUGUUGCUUUCAGCUCUCGCCCCGACAUGUUGCUCGAUAUCGACUUCGCCGGCGCCCCAUGCCACUCUCAAGGCAACCCUGUCGAACUCCAGUUCCCGGACCCCGGCCCAGACGUCGUUGAGGGCGAUGGCGAGUACCCGCUUGAGGCGCCUUCUUGCUGAGCCUCUCAAUAAGAUAUUUGGGUGUUGAUCACCCAAUCAUGCGGCCGUUAUCCCUGAUUAUUGAAUGGCGGAAUCCGGAUUCACUUCUUGUUGAUACCUUUUGCAUGUCCUCUUCAUUCAUCCGCUUCUGUUCUUGUCUUCUUUUUUUUUUUGGACGCUCGUUUCUUUGAGCUGUCGUUCACCAGUGGGGGUUGCACAAUGCAUUGACGAUCACCUGUCACUUUUAACGUCAUGUCUCACAAUAUGUGACGUGACGGGUCACAUAUCGCAUACCCAGGUGCAUUGUAGCAUUUUCAACUUUUCAUUUGGAUUUACAAGCGGACGGCCUGCAUAUGUAUUGCAUCAUGUUUUCAACAUUCAUUUGCUUACGACACACAUCAUGAGGGGUUCUGGGAGGGCACUCUACGCUAGUGCAAGGAAAAGCAUCAGGCAUCAGACAUCAAGGCAAUAGACACAUGAACAUUCAC